GCCUGGCUUUUCGCCUACAACACUUUUUAAUAAUGUAAAUAACAAACAUGUAUACAUUAAUGUGAUAAAAAAAAGCUAAAAAGAUGCUAGGGGAAUAUAUUACAAUAACGCAUUUGAAUGUUGGAGCAAUGUUUUCAGAAUAUAUCUUCAUAAUAAAAAGUAUACUUCCGGGAACAAAAAGCGUCUGCUGUCAAAUGCUCAGGUGUGCCGGUACGGGAUUCAAGCGCAGGCAAGAUGGACACGGCCAUGUUUCUGAUGGGACUUCGCUAUGUUAUUAACUUGGAAUCAUUUCCUCUGUUCUGCAUCUACCUCCUCAUGAUAUUCUUCUCAGGUUACUGGCAGAAAUGGACCAAACCACUGAAUCUCAAACCGCUGCUGAUCCUUCACAACUUCAUCUGCUGUGUGACCAGCACAUACACCCUGUACGGCUUCAUCCAUGGGGUCUACAAAAGCGGCCAUCUUUACUCCAAAGAAAUAACAGAAGAGCUGCGCUUUGUCUUCUGGGUUUACUACAUAACCAAGAUCAUUGAACUUCUGGACACCGUGUUCAUGGUCCUCCGACAUCGUCGGCGCCAGAUCUCCUUCCUCCAUGUCUACCACCACUCCAGCAUGCUGCUACUCAGUAACCUUGGCCACUUAUAUUUCCCCUAUCCAUGCAUCGCGGUAUUCCUAUCUCUCAACUCUCUGGUUCAUGUGGUUCUGUACUUCUACUAUGGUCUCACUGCCAUGGUACCGAACAACCCUCCUCAAUGGAGGAAGCAACUUACACAGAUGCAGAUAAUUCAAUUUCUUAUUGAUUUUGUAGUAGCAUUUUAUGGAUUUGUGUACCAUAAUUUUUGUUUGUAUAGCCUUUUUUAUGGAAUAACCAUGACUUCUCUAUUUUCUAACUUCUAUUAUCAGGCUUAUGUUCGAAAGCGAAAACAACCUGAAGACAAGAUCAAGUCAAACUGAUGUGUGUCCGUUAAUAGUGCUGCCAGAGAUAAAAGUAAAGCAGAUACUCUCCAAUUUUCAUU